CUACCAGGCAACAUACAUUUCCGAACACGCACCGUCGAGCCUUUGGCACGGCGGCGGAUUGUGUCUCCUCGCACCGUGGGCACCUUCUGCGCCAUCUUACACAUGCACCAAAAGACCUUUGACUCGAGCGACGCCUCCUGCUCACACCGAGCGCUGCCAGCUGCACUUUGUCCGACGGCGGCCGCGCGAGAACCUAAGACCCAGACAUCCGGCUGGCUCAAGCCCAGGCGCGCGCGAUUACACUCCGCGGCGUCGUCGUGGCGCCCCAAGGACAGCCUCGGCAGGCCUACCUGCAGCGGCCGAGCAGCUCUACCUACUAUCCGGCGAUGCAGUUGUUGACAGGAUUGGGGCUGGCUGCAGCCUCUCUACUCGUGCUGCCCGUACGGUGCGCCGACGUGCGAGCUCGGGUGCCGCGGCAAGCCUCACCACCCACCAAACCUCUCCAACCCAACCCGAAGGCCUCAAUUUGCCCUCCAUUUCCAGUGUGGGGGGGUCGGAGAACAUUGACAAAAAUGCACGUGGAACCCGUACCCCCCCCCAACCCGAAAUUCGGGUCUUUGGGUUGGCUUGGGGUGGUCUGGUAGGCAGUCAAAGCCCAGCUGCCCUGGGCGUACACCAAAGACGAGAGCCCGGCCGGCCCCGCCGCCUCCCUGCUGCAGGAGGCGGGGGCUCAUUUCGAUCUCUCUGCUUCGAUUCGAUGCGAUUUCGAUGGCUUCCGAUUCCGAUUCGAUUCGACUUCGGAUUCCGAUAUGGGCUCCGAGUUCUCCAUGGAGGCCUGCUUGCCUGCCGAUUUCCGACAAUGCGAUUCUUCCCGACUCGGCUGCCGAUUUCCGCCGAUCCGAUGCAUUUCGAUCGCCGAUCCGACUCAUCGAUUCGAUGUUGGGCUCUCCUGAGGAGGCCGGUUGGCGCGCCAGCAUCGGCGACAAGACCUACUACGCGCCACCCGAGGGCGCGGAGCUGAGCCGCCACGUGGGCGACUACUUCUACGCGCUGGGGGCCCGCUCGGCGCUCACGGAGGAGCUCGAGCAGAGCCGCGUGGGUGGCGACAGCAGGUGGCACAUCUUCCACCUCCCCGGCGGCCCGUCCCUGCUCCAGCAGAGCGUCCCGACCAGCGGCGACCGGCGGGAGUCCAUGAGCGCCCUGGUGCAGCUGACGAACGGCGUCAGAGUCAGCAGCGGAUUCCCUGAGUACAAGGUCACCUCCGGCUACAAGAGCCCGCUGACGGCCAGCGGGCAGAAUAAGGAGAGGGAGGCGGUGGAGCUCGUCACCAAGGAGGUCUUCCAGAGCUUCCUCGAGAACCUCACGUCGCUCGGGCCCCCUGGGCUGCCCACGCGCAGCUACAAGAACCCCUCCGCCUCGAAGGCCGCGCAGGAGUUCCUGAAGCAGGAGUUCGCCAAGAUGGGCAUGGCCUCCUGCCUUCACAGCUUCGAGGGCCUAGGCACGCACAUGGCCAACGUGGUCGCCCGCGUGGAGGGCAAGGGCUCGGACGCGGUCGUCGUCGGUGCUCACUACGACUCCCGCCCCUUCGACGGCAAGGCCCCAGGCGCGGAGGACAACGGCAGCGGCGUCGCCGCCCUGCUGGCGGUCGCGCGCGCGUUCACGAUGGCCGGCGUGAAGCCCGAGAAGAACGUGUACUUCGUGGGCUUUGCGGCAGAGGAGCCCGGCCUCAAGGGCUCAUCCGCUUUCGCGAAGGAGAUGGCGGCCGGAGGAGGCAAGCUUCCGUCGGAGUGCAGGACCCAGUCCGGCAGCUUCCUGGAGCGCGGCAGGUUCCGGAGCAAGAAGGCGGACCACAGGGCCAUUGUCCUGGACGAGGUCGGCUGGAAGAGCCCCGCGCUGUCGAAGGCCACCGUCAACCUGGAGUCCUACGAUUGGGCCAAGGAGACGGGCCUCCCCGAGCUCAUGGACCACAUGGCGCACGCGAGCCAAGAGUACAACGGCCAGGAGCUGUACGUAGUCCACAGCAACCACCCCUUCGGCUCGGACCACAUGAGUUUCCUACAGGGGGGCAUCCCGGCGGUCCUGACCAUCAAUGGGGAUGACGAGCGGUACCCGCACUACCACCGUAGCACCGACACGAUCGAGAAUGUGUCCCCGGAGUACGCAGCGCAGAUCGCCAAGAUGGUCCUCGGUGCGACCGUCCGCUCCGCAGGCGUCUCCGCGUCCUGAGCGCGCCAGCUGGGCGCCCUCGCAGGGCAGGUCGUGGUCGUCGCGGUCAGGGGUGGGGUGGAUGGAUGGGCUCUUAGGGCGUUCGGUCAAGCCGAGGCGGCCAAGUGGACUCUCAAUAUUCAUGCUUUUGGGCCCUGCGGCGCACCGCCUCCCCUUGCCGGGCUGACGCGCCGCCGUCCCGCGGGAGGCUGCCUGGCCGCCGGCUGC